UGACUCCUCUCCCUGACCCUCUCUGGGCUCGAGCACCACCUGUGGCAGAUGAGUCAGCCAUCAGCGGGUUUUGACCCCCCGAAAGGCGCACCACCCGGCCCGGCAGGAAGACGCGCGCCGCGCCGCGCCGCGUCCGCGCACACUCGCGCUCCUCCACUUCAUCAUCAUCUGCCCACGCCAGGACGCGCCGGGACGCGCCGCGCAAACACAAUCACAGAAAUGUUUCCGCCUGCUUGUCAUUCGGGCUCUCCGGGCUGCUGGAUGUAGACGCCGCGGCGGGUUGUUGGUCAAGUUUUGAUCGCCGCUCCUGCAGAAAGGUGAUGCUGCUGGGAGACUCGGCCGUGGGGAAGACGUGCGUCUUGGUGCGCUUUAAGGACGGGGCGUUUCUUGGAGGCAACUUUAUAGCCACCGUUGGAAUAGACUUUAGGAACAAAGUGGUGGAUGUCGACAACCUGAAAGUCAAACUCCAGAUCUGGGAUACAGCCGGCCAAGAGAGGUUCCGCAGCGUGACGCACGCCUACUACAGAGAUGCCCAGGCCUUACUUCUGCUUUAUGAUAUCACCAGCAAGCCAUCAUUCGACAAUAUCAGGGCUUGGCUGACUGAAAUACACGAGUAUGCCCAGAAGGAUGUGGUCAUCAUGUUGCUGGGCAACAAGGCGGACAUGGCGGCAGAGAGAGUGGUGAAGACGGAGGAAGGGGAGAAGCUGGCGAAGGAAUAUGGAGUUCCUUUUAUGGAGACCAGCGCCAAGACGGGAGUCAACGUGGAGCUGGCUUUUCAUGCCAUCGCCAGGGAGCUGAAGCACAGAGCGACACAGCAGCCAAAUGAUCCCAAGUUCCAGAUACACGACUACAUUGAGUCUCAGAAGCAGAAGUCUGGCUGCUGCUCCCUUGUGUAGCCGAUGCCGAUCGCCUGGCAGAGAGACACACACACAUACAGAUAAAGAGGGAGGGAGGGGAGGAGGGAGUGGGAGUGAGGCAUUUAAAAAAAAAAAAAAAGUCUAAAGAAAAGCCAAUCCCAGCACCAAACCCUGAGGAGUCGAUCUCUACGUGAUCUCCGCCGAGUUUUUGCCUGAAUGAAAGUGAGCCAGGAUUGGCCGCCAUCCCCUACCUGAAAUGUGAAUUUAAAUCUUCUAUGUCAUGCGUAGAAAUGUUCGUGGUCAUUAUUGGUGAUGGUCGUCUGAAAGUAAAACCCAGGAGCUGCAGUCUGAAAUGCUACAUCCAUCUGCAGGAACAGAGAGGAGAGCAGAUGAAUCGUUCUUUGCGUGAAGUGGAUAUAGUAAUAUAGUAUUUCACCCUGCAGCUCUCAGUUUGUCUCAUCCCAGUUUUACCAGGCUGUGAACUGAAUCAAUCCCCCCUUUUUGGCCUUAUAGUCAUCAUCUUUAUUCUUUGACAUUCUAGUGUGUUUGAGAAGUGGACUUCAGUCUCCACGGUUCAGAUUGUAGCUAUAAAAUUGAUCCCGUCUGUUGACAUCUGUACUGCUGUUAGAUAGAAUAAAGCCGAUGUUUUGAGGGUGCUCACCCACUGUGUGUCUGUCUGUGCAUUCAAUUCAGGGCCAGUGUCUCCACCCAAAGAACUGCGCUUUUUGUAACUGUGCUUUACACACAGAGAGAUUAUUUUUUACUGUAGCCACGUCUUUGCUUGUGCGUCCCACACAGACACACACACAGCAGCAGGACGGCGCUCCCCAGACAAUGACCGCGUCUCCCCAAAAAAAAAAAACGAUGGAUGUUGUCGUCUGGACUGUACCGAAAGCUGUAUCUGUUCACGCA